AUGUGGACGAUGAUGGAACCAGGAAUUCCGGAUUGGCUGCAGACCGUCAUCACGGCUAUCCACUACGCCUAUCCGGCUCUGGUCACCUUUUACUUCCUCGCCGCCCUCUCCGCCACCGUCUGCACACUCCAGACAAGAAAGCUUCGAGCCCGAGAUCAACGUGUUUGCCGCGAUGUCUUGCUUGCCUUGGUAUCCGCUGUCACGCUCAGCUACCUUCUGGAAGCCUUCGUUCUCGCUCUGCAGAUCUUCAUCAAUGGCAAAUACCCUGUUCAGCAUCAGGUGAUCUAUGUCAUGGCAUCAACUAUUGCCUUUGGUGUCCAAUGUCUCGCCCUGACCGACAGCAAAUUCCCCGUCUGGUACCCCUACUACGGCACUUGGUUCAUCGGUCUUACCGUGGAGCUAUUCCUCGUUGUUGCCCCAAACCUCUUUAACCCUCCCUUCGAAUUCUUUGGUUUCGUCAUUCUGGUCAAUCAAAUCUCAAGAAUUUGCGGCUUUAUGAUCCUGCCAGCGACGUACUUUGAGCUACGAAAUGACAAGAAGCGUUACGAGGAUAGCGAUGUUGAGCGCCAGUCUUUGUUGGAUAAGAAGGGAAAGAAUCCGGCCAGCGGAGCUACUCUGCGCGGAAACGGGUACGGCACGAACGAGGAGGCCGAAUCCCAAGACUCAGAUACCGCCGACAACCGCAGCGAUACAAGCGAAGAUUCAUAUUUUGAGCGUGAACGAGAGGCACAGAUGAAAAUUGACAAGCGCUUGGAGAAGGAUGGGAACUGGUUCACAUACGCCAAGGGCUUUACGAUCUUCUUCCCCUAUCUUUGGCCUUACCAUGACAAACGUAUGCAGCUCAGAGCUGUUCUCGUGGGUGGCUGCCUCUUGGCGACCAAUGCCCUCAACGUGCUCGUUCCAAACCAAAUGGGUAUCAUGAUUGAUAGCUUGACUAACUUUUCAGGCGGAGACCACACUUCCCGGAUCUGGCUUCCGGUUACCAUCUACGCUCUGCUCCGGUUCAUCAGUGGUGAGGCAUGCAUCGGCUCGCUCAGAUACUGGCUCUGGUUGCCGCUAGAACAGUAUUCCUACGAUGCUUUGAGUACUGCCUCACAUGCUCAUUUGAUGAGUCUAUCCUCGGAUUUCCAUGAUAGCAAGUCCAGUUCGGAUCUUACGCAAGCUAUUCACGGAGGUAGAUCGGUCACUGAACUGCUAGAAAUUGUCUGCUUCCAGGUCGUCCCGAUGUUCAUUGACCUUGCAGUCGCCUUUGCCUACCUCUGGGCCUUGUUCGGUCCCUACAUGGGCCUUAUCAUGGUCUCAACUGUGAUAUCGUAUCUCUAUGUCACUACCAAGAUGUACUCCCGGAAAGCGGAGUGUCGGCGCGACUACAUCACGAUUGUCCGAAAGGAGUGGAGUGUCGGACAACAGUCAUUGGAUGGCUGGAAUACUGCGAGUCUCUUCAAUAUGAUACCUUAUGAGCAACGUCGUUAUUCUGAUGCUGUCAAGGAUCACAUGAAGUCCAUGCGAAAUUAUGCCAUGACGUCUCAGACCAUUAGUGCCGCCCAAUCCGCUAUCCUGGUAAUUGGCUUACUGGGAGCUCUGUUGCUUGGCGUCUACCAAGUCGCUUACCAGGAUCAAUCCGUUGGAAAAUUUACCACGUUGAUCAUCUACUGGGGCCAGCUAAUUAGCCCAUUGUCGUUCUUCGGAAAUAUGUACAAGCAGAUCUCACGCAGUCUGAUGGAGUCUGAGCGACUUUUGGAGCUAUUUCAGACUGAGCCGACAAUUGUUGAUGUGCCAGAUGCUAAGCCCCUGGAGCUUGGAAAGGGUGUGAUCAAGUUUGAAAAUGUUUCAUUUGCCUACGAUGAGCGCAAGCCAACCUUGACCGACGUCAGCUUCGUGGUGGCUUCUGGUAAAACGGUGGCUUUGGUCGGGGAGACUGGUGGAGGGAAGUCGACUAUCCUCAAGCUGAUUGAUCGAUUUUACGAUGUCAAAUCUGGAUCCAUUUUGAUUGACGACCAAGACAUUCGCCAGGUCACUCUUGACAGUCUUCGACGAAAGAUCGGCGUGGUGCCCCAAGACCCAAUGCUAUUCAAUGAUUCCAUCAUGAACAACAUCCGCUACGCAAGACUUUCCGCAACCGAUCAAGAGGUGCACGAGGCCUGCAAAGCAGCUGCUGUUCAUGACAAGAUCUUGAAAUUUCCAGAUGGCUACAACUCCAAAGUCGGCGAUCGUGGCGUCAAACUCUCUGGAGGCGAGAAGCAACGGGUGGCUAUUGCUCGAGCCAUCCUCAAACAGCCUGAAAUAAUCUUGCUCGACGAAGCGACCAGUGCAGUCGAUACCGAGACCGAGCAAUUGAUUCAGGAAGGCUUCAAGACUCUGUGCCAUGGCCGAACCACUUUUAUCGUCGCCCAUCGUUUGUCGACGAUCAUGAAAGCUGAUCUUAUCUUGGUUGUCAUGAACGGUAAAAUCGUGGAACAGGGCUCUCAUGAGGAACUCAUCCAAUCCCAGGGGAAAUACCAUGAUCUCUGGUCAAAGCAAAUCUUCGUGAAGCCUAUAAACGAGCGUACCAGAUCUCGAAGUCCAAAGAAGUACGAGAACGCCAUCAUCAACGACCUCACCCCAAGUGUAAGGAAGGUUGAGCUGGCCAAGGCCUUGAAGAAAACGCACCAUGGCAAUGAUACGCGUGAAAACGACAAUCCGAAGGAGUCAGCUGAUGGGAAGAAAUUAGAUACUGACAACCCUAAGGAUUCAGCUGAUGGGAGGAAAUCAGAUACCGGAAAGCGGGCCGAGGACGGGCGCAAGCGUGAGAGCUCCACGUUAAAGCCUGAUGCACCCGAGUUUUUCCCAAUUCAUAGCAAGCCCCUGCCACCAACUCCCAUUUCCAAAGCCGGCAUCAAGGAAGCCGCCAAGUCACAGAAGUCACAGGGAAUGGAUGUGAAGAAGCUAGGGAAGGGGGCGAAAAGGGAAGAGAAGGUGGCCACGAAGGAGGAGAAGAAGGUUUCCAGUUUGACGAGGAAGGCUGGAAAGAGAGCUGCGAGACAUGGUGGCAUGGAUGGAAACGACUCAACCGCCGAAGAUUCCCACCUAGAUAGCACCUACAACUAUGUCGAAGAGGUCGAGACGGUCGAAGCUCCACUUCCAAAGCGUGCUCGCACCAAUCGUAGGCAACAUACGAAGAGCGAGCCGGCCGGCUCCCAGUCGACCACUCGCCUGAGCCAUACCCUUGAUGGUCAGCAGGAUUCGGACUUGACCGGUUCGGGGGAAGGGCAGCCCUUGUUGCAGCAAACUGCGGCAAUGCAACGUCGUCGAGUCUCCGCUCCAAGUGAUCCACCUGGCCAGCAAGCCAUCCGAAGACCCCGUGCACGACGCAACCGACACUGGAGACUGAAGAAUCGCAGUGUAUCUGUUGCCUCUGCAAGUGGAUCGAACGGAGCUUCUUCUGGAACUUCGAAUGACGAUGCCGGUCAUUCUCAUCCCGCUCCACCUCUUCCUUCUCCGGCUGCUGGCGCUGUUGCCGGUGCUAGGGCUUCCAAGGUCUCCUUUGUUAUGCCUGUGUUUGAAGGAAAAUCGGCUAUUUGA